CUCGACACACACAACAAACUAUAUCAUUUGAUACAAGCAACAUCAAAUAACUCUUCACCAUGUUCAAAUUCUUCGCCAUUGUCUUCGCUGCCGUCUUGGCCGUCGUCUCUGCCGCCCCUAAACCAGGUUUAGUAGCUGCAGCUUACAGCGCUCCAGUUGUAGCUAGCGCUCCAGUUGUGGCCGCCGCUCCAGCUGUUGCCUACUCCGCCCCAGUCGCCUACUCCGGAUACUCUUCCGGAUACGUUGCCGCCCCAGCCGUCUCUGCCUACCACGCUUCCCCAUUGGCUUAUUCCGCUUAUGCUGCUCCAGUAGCUGCCACCUACUAUUAGAUUAUGAUUUAGUUAGUUAAUAAAUUUAUUUAAAAUA